AUGCCUCCCAAGAAGCAGCAGGACCAGCCUAAGAAGAAGAAGGCCACGGUCGAGGAUAAGACCUUUGGCAUGAAGAACAAAAAGGGUGGUUCGGCCAAGAAACAGAUUGCUCAGCUACAGGCUCAAGCGGCAUCCAACAAGAACGCCGAUGCGAAGAAGAAGGAAGCCGAGAAGGCCCGCAGAGAGGCUGAGAAGAAGGCCGCCGAGCAGGCCAAGAAGGAGGCCUUGGAACUGUUCAAGCCCGUGCAGGUUCAGAAGGUUCCUUUUGGUGUGGAUCCGAAAACUGUGCUCUGCGUGUUCUACAAGCAGGGUAACUGUGAGAAGGGUAAAAAGUGCAAGUUCAGUCACGACGCGAGUGUGGAGCGCAAGGCGGCUAAGAAGGAUCUGUACACCGAUUCUCGAGACGUGAAGGCGGCUGAGGAAGAGGCCAAGAAGAAGGAUACGAUUGACGACUGGGAUGAGGAGAAGCUGCGCAAGGUCAUUCUCAGCAAGCACGGUAACCCGCGCACGACUACGGAUAAGGUCUGCAAGUACUUCAUUGAGGCUGUCGAGAACCAGAAGUACGGUUGGUUCUGGACUUGUCCUAAUGGAGGUGACAAGUGCAUGUACAAGCACAGUUUGCCCCCUGGAUUCGUUCUGAAGACGAAGGAACAGAAGGCCGCUGAGAAGGCUCUCAUGGACAAGUCGCCACUCAACACCUUGACCCUCGAAGACUGGCUGGAAAGUGAGCGUCACAAGCUGACCGGCAACUUGACGCCCGUCACGCCUGAGACAUUCGCCAAAUGGAAGAAGGAGCGUCUUGACAAGAAGGCUGCUGAGGAGCAGGCCCGCAAGGCCAAGGAAACCACUGGACGGACACUGUUCGAAGAGGGCAACUGGCGUGCUGACGACGAGAGCAGUGACGAGGAAGAGGACGAUGGCACGUGGAACCUGGAAGCUUUGCGGCGCGAGACGGAGAAAAUCCGUGAGAGGAAGGAAGAGGAACGCCUGGCAGCGCUUCAUGGCACCCCGGUGCCGGUUUCCAACGACGAGACGAUUGCACAGGAAGGAGCCGGCUGA